AUGUGUUGCCAGAUAUUCACUAAGCUAAAUGACAGGCCAGACAUCAUUUGUAAAGUGUUUAAAAUCAAGCUGGACGAAUUACUUAAAGACUUAAAGAAUGAAUCUAUAUUUGGAAAGCCAAAAGCAAUUGUUUAUACAGUUGAAUUUCAAAAGUGUGGCCUUCCCCACUGUCACAUAUUGUUAUUUAUUCAACAAAGUGAAAAAACAAGAUCCUCCCAUGAUAUUGAGCAGCAUAUCUCGGCAGAGAUACCUGAUGAACAAAUGCAACCUAAGCUCUACAAAUUAGUCCAGAAGUUCAUGGUUCAUGAUCCAUGUGGGGUGUUAAAUGUCAGCAACCCAUGCAUGGUCAACGAAAAGUGUUCCAAGUUUUAUCCCAUGGCCUUCUGUGAGAGAACACUAAUAGACAACGCAGGUUUUCCAAAGUACAAACGUCCGGAUAAUGGUCAUACGAUGAAUAAGAAAAAUGUUGACGUUGACAAUCGAUACAUUGUUCCAUAUAAUGCGGCGUUGCUUCUCAAGUACAGUUGUCACAUUAAUGUGGAGUACACUUGCCAGACGUCUACUAUUAAGUAUUUGUUCAAACUGUUCGGUUUUGAGAUUCAAUUUAAAGAGCCUAACAUCAUUUGCCUUCCAUUUCAUCUGCCGAAUGAACAAAAUGUGUUAUACGAAGAUCAUCAACUUCUUGAAAAUGUAAUCGAGAGUGCGACUGCAAAAGAUAGUAUGUUUAUGGGGUGGAUGAAGGCUAACAAGGAAUUUGAAGUUGCCUGUAACCUGACUUUUGCGGAGCUACCGUCGUAUUUUGUGUGGGAUAAGCAGGGCCAUCUAUGGAGGCCUUGGAAGCAAGGUCAUACGUUUGCUAAUAUUUUGUCUGUUGAUGGAGUUGCCUUCUACACAUACAAAGAAGCCUGUUAUGCUCUCGGGCUUUUGCAAGACGAUAAAGAAUUUAUUGAUGCAAUUAAUGAAGCAAGUUCUUGGGUGUCACCGUUUUAUAUCAGGAGGUUGUUUGCAAUGCUUUUGAUGUCAAAUAACAUUGUUUGCCCCGAUGUCGUGUGGCAACAAUGUUGGAAGCAUUGUGCAGAUGACGUGCUCUAUGACAAAAGAUAG